ACACAAAGCGAUGGCUUCCCCACAAGAUGACUACCUCAUCUUCCCUGACGAAACCAACCAAUCCCUCGACACAAUCCCAUCUUUGGCUGUGUCAACCCAACAUGAAAAUACCGAAAACUCAGCGCUGUCCUACAAUGUCGUUCCAGGAUCAGCAUCACCGCCGUCUUUCAAAAAUCUGGACCUUGGCUAUUUCUCCGACCACCCUCUCACUACGCUCGAAGACCAUACUGCCCUAAUGGAGAUGUGUCUGAAGGAAAAUAAUCCUGAAGCCCACUACAUAGAGGGCUUGAAGGAAUAUUUUCACUUUGGGAACACUGCCAAAGGACUAUCCCACCUUCGCAGUUCCGCCGAUGGAGAUUACGCAAACGCUACGUACAUGUACGGUCUGCUUAUGCUGUCCAGAUGAAACCUGGAAGAAGGGAAACGGUACAUGGCUACUCUAGGCUGGAGGGACAACAAGCAACAAGUUGAUCGUUGCUGGAGGAGGAUUAGGAGGUCUCUGCGCCAUUUUGACAUUUCCAGGAAGAAGCGGUAUGUCAGAAACAUGCUGCUCCUUAAACCCUCCAAAAGGUGCCACGUCAAUGAUCUGGAUACUCGGUGCAAGCGUUGCUUUCACUACAAGCAAGUGCUGAAGUUUAUUGACUUUAUUUGAUGGGAGCUUCAGAGUCAAGCCCAUCUACUGCUAUCAUUCCUGUUUUCCUUCUUUGAAUUUCUGUUUCAGUUUUAAUUAAGAUUUCUGUUAUUGCUUUGUUUGAAUUUCUGUUACCGUUUUACUAAAUUAAAGUAUUUCAUGUUUUCACAUAUAAGGUGUCUUAUUUGAAUCCCCAAUUUUUAUUCCGGAAACAUACUUGAAGUAAGUUAAAAAAUAUAUAAACGAUCUCCUACACUGACUAUAUAUAAAAAAAUCAUUAAUAAAUAAAAAACAUAUUAUGUUCAAUACAUUAUAAAGAAAAAUUAGCAUUUCAAAAUAUCUACUCAAAUCAGGCAAAUCAAAAAGAAAAUCAUAAUAAAUACAGAAUCGUUCAUUGCUAUCUUCAUUCCAAUUAUCUCUACACGUAUGUAUCUUUCGUUAAAAAUAUGAGUCUUUGUUUAGUCUAAAUCUACACGUAUAUAUCACAGCGAAAAUUACGACAAAAUAUACAACGGAACCUACUACCAUCCAGAACAUUAACUCAUCGCCUACCAAAAAUAUGUCAACAAUAUUCUUAUACAUUAAUCAGCACCCAAACGUUAUCAACUACGUUAAUCAAAUUCAAAACAUACAUUUAAUUAUAGAUUCAAAAUUUCCUAAAAAUCCCUAUAAUAAGGCAAUUAGUCAAACCAUCAUAAUAAAUUAAAAAAAAGUGAACCAUUAUAAAAUCAAAUCUCUCGCUCUUUGCAAAACAAUAUCAUCUCAAACACUUUCCACCAAAAUGACAGCUCAAAACAAUCUCUCCCUCUUAGAAUCACUUCCACAAGAUCUCCUUGGGGAAAUACUCUCACGAGUUGCCUCUUCAUCACGAGAAGAUAUCGGCAAUUGCCUAUUGGUGUCAAAAACCAUUUCCUCUGCCGUUGAAGAUGAACGUGUCUUCAACAAACUAAACUUGCGUCCCCAAACCAUGAAUCCUCAGACAACGUUUGUACAAUACAACAGCCUGAUGGACAAGUGUAUUAGAAGUGACAACCCAGCUGCCCACUAUAUCGAAGGGGUGAAGCAAUAUUUUGUCUAUGACAACACAGUUUUGGGCAUGUACCACCUUCGGAAAUCAGCGGAAGGUUCCUAUGGCAAUGGCACAUACCUCUACGCUAUUCUUUUGCUAUGCACAGGAAAUCAAGAAGAAGGGACAAUGGUUUUACGUUCCCUUGGUUGGGAGGCGAGCAGACGCCGAGGUGAUCGUUGCUGGAGGGAAAACAAGAUAUCGCUAAGGACCUUCAUCAUCACAGUGAAGCCUGAGUACAUACAAAAUAUGAUGACGAACGCACCACCGCUAACCUGCCACUGGAACGAUCUUGACACCCGCUGUGCAAGAUGUUACAUUUUCAAACAGAUGCAAAAAUUUAUCAUCUUCAUCCAGUAGUCCACUCCAGUGUUCAUGCUGCUAUGUUUAAGUUUCCUUAUGUUUACCUAUCCUAUUAUGUUGUUUCUCUUUUUUUCUUUAAUCAGUUUCUUAUUUUGCAUGAUGUUUAAAAAGUAUCUAUGUGAGGUUUUUUUCUUAUUAUCAUCAUUUUCUUUACGAUUAUUAUCAGAAUUAAAAUUACAAUUACUCACUCAAUAUUUCCUACAACACACCGGAACUGUUAAAAUAUUUUGUCCAAACUAUUACAAAAAAUAUUUAUCCAAACUACAAACAAAAAAUAUUCCACAUCCCACGUCCUUAUCACGUUUGGUGGUUUGACCGACUUAAUAUAUCAUUUUGCUUUAAUUUUUAUCAAUUUAGUUAUAUCUUCCAAUAUUUUUUAAAAAACAUUAUCUUAUCAAUGGUUUCAAAUUGCUAAUUAAUUUUUUUUUUUUUAAAUAAUACCUUCAUCCAGAAAUUUGUCAACUGUCACGUACGUAUAUUACGCGUCUGCAUGCAAAAGCAUGCACAGAAGAUGCUUAUCUAGGUUUUGUCUUAAAAUAUACCUGAACACGCGUUCAAGAAAGAAAACGAAUGACUCCAAAAAUAACCGAAGCGACAUAGUCCUGUUAAGCAGCUGCAUAGUCUCAUUCUAUCUUCCGUCAUGUCUGUAAACCAAGAGUCCGUCCUAUGAGGCCAUUGGCUCAUGAAUCAUGUGUUCCUUUUUCUUAUUACGGAAAAUAUUCAGAAUAACUCGGGAUGAGUUAGAUGACUUCAAAGCUUGGUUUCAUUUUCUGAUACUUAGCCCAAAUCUGAUUUUUAUAAAUUAAAACAAACUAAUAAAAACAUGUACUAAACCACCAUACUAAACCAUCAUACCUGAUUUAAUAUAUUAAUCCCAAACGGGUUUCUUCUAUGUAUUUGACUUAUAAUAAUUAAUUUUAUCAUUUCAAAAUUCAUAAACAAAAUCUUAAUCAUUCAAAAUUCAUAACCGAAAUCUUAGUCAUUCAAAAUUUAUAAACAAAAUCUAAGUUUAGUUACUUAUAAAAACUAAUCUUAGUCAUUCAAAAUUCAAGUUCCAAAAAAAAAAAACCAUUCAAAAUUCAAAAAAAAAAAA